AUGGAUAGUAAUAAUAUUUGUGGUACUCAUAAAAGAAGUAUUGAUCUCAUUUGUUAUGAUUGUAAUGUUUUGAUGUGUUCUAUUUGUUCACCAAAACAUGCACGUCAUACCUUUGACCAUAUUGAAAAUAUUAAAUCAAAUUUCAACGAUCAUGAUACCACACAAACAGCACCUAUAGAUGAUAACAACACAAAUAAUAACAAUACUAAUAAUAAUAGUAGUUUUACUAAAAUUACAGAUAUUCAAACAGGUAUUCAAUCAGCAUUCGAUUCUUUGAAACUAAAAGUAAAAGAAUAUGAACAAUUACAACAAACAGAACAUCAAAUCGAAAGUAGUUUCAAAGAGCUACAUGAAUUCCUUAUUGUUGAAGAACAUAGAUUAAAGACACCAAUCAUCGAUAGUAAAGAUCAACUAGAACAACAAAUAGAUAAACAAAUCAAAAUCAUGAAAUCUUUGAAUACAAUUAAUAAUCAUUUUAAAGUUAAAUCAAAUAAUAAUAAUAAUGAUGAUGAUGAUGAUGAAUCUGAUCGAUCAGAUUCACAAUCAUUAACAAUAACAGAUACAACAGAUAACUAUCAAAUAUCAACAAUAAUUCGAUCGAUUUCACAAUCAUCUCAUCACAAUGAAUUCAUUUCAGCCAACAUCAAUACAUUGUUCUAUUUCGAUGAUUAUCCAUCCUUGGACUCCUCCUAUAUUGAAAAGAUAUUCGGUCUUGGCAUCUCUCUUGUUGGUGAGAUUGAAAAUUCUCUUUCUUGUGACGAACAUUGUAUCUUUACGAAUGAUAUUGGCGUUGAUCAAGGCUAUGAGUAUCUUGGCACUUUGUUUGGUUGGUGGAUGGUUCGGAUGGGAAUUGUGGUAUUUGAUGUAUUCUUCUAG